AGAUAUCACCGGAAAAGUGCUUCUAAUAGCCAUAGCUAAUAGGCUUGUCUCCGUCCAGAGCUAUAUGUCAAUGGUCCAGAGCAACGGGGUCUAUUGGUCCAUUAUAUAUAUAUAUAUAUAUAUAUAUGUCAAUGGUAGAAGUAGAAGUAGAAGAAGAAGAAGAAGACUUUUUCGCUGUGACGUAUAUGCAUCAUGAUCAUUAUAUGAUUUUGUACCCUGACAGCUCUAUUAGAAGUCAUGGCAGGUCCUGAUUUGACAAAAACUCUUCUGUAUACCGUCAAUAAUCUACUGCAGCAAGAGAAGUACAAAGCGGUAUUGGCAGUGUUAAAAGGAUUCAGAAACGGCGCCGUUUAUGGGGCCAAAAUCAGAGCACCACAUGCUCUGGUAAUGACAUUUCUGUUUAGAAGUGGCAGUUUGAAGGACAAGCUCAAAGCCAUUUUGAAGGCCACGUACACCCACUCCCGCAACCUGGCAUGCUUUGUGUUCACAUACAAAGGGCUGCAAACCUUGCAGGAGAGGUGCCAGGGGAAAAGUUUGCAGUCUCACUCCUUUCUGGCGGCGUGUGUUGGAGGAUGGUUAGUGUUUGGAGAUAACAACAACAUCAAUAGCCAGAUCAACAUGUACUUGCUGUCCAGGAUCCUGUUCGCCCUGUCUCGGCUGGCUGUAGAGAAAGGAUUUAUCCCCCAGCCUAAACAUGACCCUUUCCCACUCUUCGCCACCCUGGUGUGGGGCAUUGUCUUGUGGCUGUUUGAAUAUUACCCUCACACCCUCCAGCCCUCACUGCAGUCCUCAAUGAACUACCUCUACCAUGACAGCAAUGUGUGGCAUGACAUAACAGACUUCCUUGUUUAUAAUAAGCCAAGGACUGCUGCUUAGAAAUGAAGUUUUAGUUUUCUUCACGAUGGACCAGCUCUCUACAAUAUGAAUAGCAUUAUUAUUAUUUUUUUAAUAAUUAUUAAUUAUAAAAAUAUUGUUGAAUGUUGCCUUUUUUAAAUUAUUGCUAGAUUAUAGUUUUAAUUGUAGGACUUAAUUUGGUUUAACGUUUGAUUCAUUGACAUUUGUAUAUCUUGUGUGCCAACUUUUAAAUAGCCAUAUCUGUUUCUUCUGAUAUUAUGUCUGAUUGUACAAUUGUCUGAUUUAAAUUUUCCAGGAAUAUGUCACUAAAUACAGCUGAAACUGAAUAAAAGACAGAAAGUUGUUCAAUGCGAAA